AUGUAUACUAUGCUAUAGUUCUGUUAUUCAUCUUUCUUUUAUAUUUAAAGAAAAAUGGACCGAUUUAUGUGGACAAAUGGUCUCCUGGAGAUGAACGAAACUCUAGUAAUUCAACAAAGAGGAGUAAGACUUUACGACGGGGAAGACAAGGCUAAACUUGAUGUUGGAGGAGUUGUAUUAAGCACCCAUCGCCUUCUCUGGAGAGAUCAGAAUAAUCAUGAAUGCUGUAUUUGCAUCCCCUUGUCACAGGUCAUAUUCUUUGAGGAGCAAGCUGCAGGCAUUGGAAAGAGUGCCAAGAUUGUCAUUCACCUGCAUCCAGCCCCUGAAAACAAGGAACCAGGCCCUUACCAGCACAGCAAAUACUCUUACAUAAAGCUGUCCUUCAAGGAACAUGGACAGAUUGAGUUUUACAGACGUUUAACAGAAGAGAUGACUCAGAAACGAUGGGAAAAUACACCCGUCUCACAGCCCAUCCCCACUGGAACAGGACCCAAGGCAGGAAGGACACGUGCAGUGGGGAUUGUGGGUAUUGAGCGGAAGUUGGAGGAGAAAAGAAAAGAGACAGAUAAAAACAUAUCUGAGGCGUUUGAGGAUCUCAGUAAACUAAUGGAAAAGGCCAAAGAGAUGGUGGAGCUCUCCAGGUCCAUUGCCAACAAAAUCAAAGACAAACAGGGUGAUAUUACUGAAGAUGAGACUAUCCGCUUUAAGUCUUAUUUGCUGAGUAUGGGUAUAGCCAACCCAGUGACCCGGGAGACGCAUGGCUCUGGCACACAAUAUCACAUCCAGCUCGCCAAACAGCUGGGAGACAUGCUGCAGGCCCCACUGGAGGAGCGUGGAGGAAUGAUGGCCCUGACUGAAGUUUACUGUCUGGUGAACAGAGCCCGAGGGAUGGAGCUUCUCUCUCCAGAGGACCUGGUCAAUGCCUGCAAGAUAUUUGAGUCACUGAAGCUUCCCUUACGUUUGCGAGUGUUUGACAGCGGGGUGAUGGUGGUUCAGCUUCAGUCCCACAGCGAAGAGGAAAUGAUCGCCUCGGCUCUAGAUAACGUGUCUGAUAAAGGCUCACUCACAGCAGAAGAGUUUGCCAAGCUGCUGGGACUGUCAGUUCUCCUCGCUAAAGAAAGGUUGUUAUUAGCCGAAAAAAUGGGUCACUUGUGCCGAGACGAUUCAGUAGAAGGCCUGCGUUUUUAUCCCAACCUGUUCUGACGCAUGAGGCUGAUAUGUUAUCGAACCCAGCUGCCCCUCAGCUCCUGCUGGCCCCGAAUCCUUCUGUGAACUAGAUUAGAUCUCACUCUGGACACAAGUGGGCACCUAUUUUCCACUGUUUGUCAAUAGGGUCUUUCAUUGAAUGAUGGUUAAGGUACUUUUGUGUAUUACUGCAUCUGUUUGUUUGCUGUGCCCUGUGUGUAACCGAUUUAAUCUAUUCUACUGCCUUUAAUGGAAAAGGAGUGACAGAAAUGACCAUGCAGAGGAUUCAGUCGAUAUUGUGUGUGACUGCAGUUUGCUCAGUACUAUUAGAUUGUCUAUUAAAAUAUGUCGUUAUGCAUUGCAUAUAGAUCAGAAUUGAGAUAUAAACAUAGGAAAGAAGGCAUGAGGCCUUUAAAUGGCAAAAAUAAUCAGAAAAUUCAUUAGAACAUCAGCUAAUUGUUUGGCAGUCAGUGAGAGCAAUCUGUUUUGCAGUUAUUCAAAGUCUUCCUUGCUUUUUUUGAACAGUUGUGUAAAAAAAUAUAUACAUAUAUAUUUCUCUUUUUUU